AUGCAUUAUUCUUUAUCGACCUGCUUCGAAGCAGGGAACACUGGCUCCACAUCACCUGCCGUCGGCAAAAAUGGUGUGGAAUUUACUAUUCAACAACGGAUCGGACACAAUGAUAUAUCUUCACAUGUAACUCUUCUCGAAAGUGUUAGACCGCCGAAGGACGUUAAAAAAGACAAAAACGAGGAAAUUGAACGUCUGCGGUCGCAGGUCUGCUGUUUGGCUGAAGAAUUGGAGAAGGCUCGAAGGCAACAGGACUUCCUGGCGGAUAAAUUUGAGAAACUCGCCGAAGAAACAAAUGGGCUGAAGAGGAACAUGGCGGCCCAACAGCAAAACAUUAAGCGGUGGGAGGAGAAGAAUGAAGAAAAGGAACACCAGCUGAAGCAGACAAAACAGAAUAUUGUGACUCUUCAGCAAAGGAUCUCGAGUCAAAACUAUUUCAUAGACUUAUUAAAAAAGGAAGCGAUAAUGAGGGACAGGAAGAUCGAAUCUCUGGAAAAUGUUUUAGCAGAAAAGGAAACCGUGAAGAGAGAUUCGAUCAUCCCUCGUCUAGAAAGAAGACUGGAAGAGCUGUCCUUUCAAUAUGAGUCUUUAGAGGCAGAAAAGAAACUGAUGGAGGUACGAAUAGAAGGACUUGAAAUGGAUAAGAAGUUGGAAGCGCAAAACCUUCGUGAAGAAAUCAAAUCGCUCAAACAAAUGAUGCGAGAACUGGAGAAGUUUAUAACUGAGGUCCAGGAUCUGGGAUCAGGCGCCAGGCCAUUCGAAACAAGAAAGACUGAGUCUUUGGUUACUUGGAUGGAAACUGCAACAGAGGAAUUUGAUAAAUACCGUUUAAAUCGAGGAGUUAUUCAAAGGAUUAAAGAAGUGACUCGACGAACUUAUGGUGGUCAAGAGGAGAGGGCCAAUGCCAAAGCAGUGAUAGCUGAACUCAAAAGACAGAGGAGAAAUCUUGGAUGUAACAUGGCUGAUAUGGCCAUGAAAACACAUCUUGACAUGCAUAUACAUCUCCUGGUUAAAACUCGAGCGAGCAGAGUCAGAGAGGAGAUUGAAAAAAUUCAUGGCUGUGCAUGCCAGAAGAAAACUGUCCUGCAGACAGGUCUCCCAGACAAAACCACCGUCGUUCUACAACUUGGACAAAAGGAAAAAGAGGCCAUUCCGACACAGGAGAAAGGGAAAAGCUCCGUCGUGCAAAGAUUGAGAGGAGAUAAACAAAAAGUCAUUCAGACACCGGAGGAAAGGAAAAGCUCCAUCGUGCAAAGAUUAAGACAUGAGAAAAAAGAGUCCACUCCUGCUCUGGUAGAAGAGAAAACCUCUGUAGUGCCAAGAUAUACCCUUGUACCGGGUACCGUUCCCACUAUGGUGGAUUUCAUACCCAACAACCAAAGGGAGGCUUUGAUGAAAGAUGUAAACCCGAUUUCACAUACCCCUGCUUUUCCAAAACUAUUUGAAUCUGCGAUACCACCAUUUUUCAGCUUCCCCGUUAGUCCUUCUGGCGCUGUUCCAGAACAAUUUGCUUCUGAGCAAGCAGACUUCAGAUUUCUGAAACCAAAGUUUCAAGAGGAGAGAGAAGUCUUCUUCAAGGAGAAGAAAGACAUCUCGAAGGUGAAGGAAGAAAUUGCUAGUGAUCUUGAAAUACUGAGAGAGCAAUUAAUGUCACCCCAGUACAAAUAUGAAAAGAGAGGAAAAAGGUUGGAGGACUGGGAACAAAUGCUGAUUAGAUCUCUGAAAAUAUUGGAGGAAAUGAUAAAUACGUUCCUCCAUUUGGUAGCAAAACAAAACGAAAAAAAUGAAAAAGAUAAAGUAUACUGGCAAGAAUUGGAAGAAAAGCUGCAGAAACUCGAACACAGUACAGAUAUAAAACUGCAAACAUUGCAAGAAAUAACAGGAGAAUUGCUAAUUCUUGCAGAGAAAAUUAAAAGAUGCAAAGGAGCCAAAAAUAGUUUGAAGGCUGGAGGAUGA